CCCCCAUCCCCAUAUGUCCCCAUGUCCCCAUACGACCCCAUGUCCCCAUAUGGCCCCGUGUCCCCAUACGGCCCCGUGUCCCCAUACGGCCCCACGUGCCCCCCUCGCCCCCCCCCCAGAACCAGAAGCCUACCUCGGAGGAGAUCCUGCUGAUCGCGGAGCAGCUGCACAUGGAGAAGGAGGUGAUCCGCGUCUGGUUCUGCAACCGCCGCCAGAAGGAGAAACGCAUCAACCCCUGCGGCACCGGCACCGGCACCGGCACCGGCACCGCGCCCCCCCCCGGGCUGCCCCCCCCCGGGAAACCCCCCGCCUACAGCCCCCAUAUGGUGACCAGCCCCGGCCCCGGCGUCAGCCUCCCGCUCUCCCAGGCCUCCAGCAGUCUGAGCACAACAGUGACUACCUUGUCGUCGGCCGCCGGCUCCCUGCCCCCCACCCGGUGCGGGGGUGCCGGGGGGGUUCCCCCCCCCACCCUACCCCCGGCCACGCCACCCCCCACCAACAGCACAACCCCCACCCCCCAGAGCGGCACCCACGGACCCAUCGGCCUCGCGGGGCUCAACCCCGGCACCGGAAGCUCGGUGCUUGGGGUGACCGCGGGGUUAAACCCGGCGCUCAUGGCCACUAACCCGCUGGCCACCAUCCAAGCCUUGGCCACUGGUGGAAGCCUUCCCCUCUCCAGCCUUGAGCCGGGGGGGCCGCGGGUGCUGGGGAGCAGCGCGGGGACGCCGAGCACCCCCGCCAUGGUCACCCCCCCCCUCUUCCUCAACCAGGGACCCCUCCCGCUUUUGGGGGCCCCCCCGGCCACCGUGGGGUUGGUGCCGGCCGCCGUGGCCGCCCCCAUGCCCCCCCCUUCCCCUUCCCCCUCCUGUUCCUCCUGCAGCUCCGCCAGCGGCGACACCCCCACCCCCCCACGGCCCCCCCCGGGGGAUGAGUGAUGGGUGGGGGGGGGGGGGUGGGGGACACACGACGACCCCCCCCCAC